AUGGCUCCUUCCUAUAUGAAACUGAAAUUUGGUUACAUCCCAAAGGUGUGGAUAAGCACCACGAUGGAUCUCCACAUAGACAGUAAAUUGCAUCCUCUUGACACUCUGACUGGCUUACUGGACCUCUCCUUGUUUUACCAUGCCUGGUUAUGUGGGGUAUUUCUUCUGAUUACCUGGUACAUUGCGUGGUUACUCUUCAAAAUCUACGCCACAGAGACGCAUCAUUUUCCUGUCCAGCCAACUUUUGCUGAGGAGACAGACCAGUGCCUGCCUAAAAUCCUAAGCAGCAACCCUCCCCUCAUUAUAAAGUUUUUAGCCUUACAAGACUUGAUGUUACUUUCCCAGUACUCUCCUGUUCGGCGACAGGAAGUCUUUAGCCUUAGUCAGCCAGGUGGGCACCCGCACAACUGGACUGCAAUAUCCAAGGAGUGUUUGAGUCUUCUGAGCGAUCUGACCAAGAGGUUGGUCGCCCAGCAGGAAGCUGCAGCAGCAAAUGGGAGAGCGAAGCAGCCAGCAGGAGAGCCCAAAGGAUUUCCACAGACUCCAGGAGCUGUUGGGGCAGAAGACGUGUCUUUCCAGUCGCCGAGGUCUAAUGUCAUUCCCAGAGCUUCCAUGACUUCUCUGGUUAAAUCAUCCCUCACGCCUCUAAAGACAUCACCCGGGUCUGAUGUCAGUUCACCUUUUGGCUCACCAGCUUUAAAUGGCAAGAUGGGAAUUCUGGAUGUAAACUCUCCUUGGUAUGGAUCAGUCCAGAGUCCUCAUGUCAUGAGAAGGCGACUAAAGCUGUGGACAUCAGGUUCAGAUUUACAAAUGAAUGGCUCCCACCACGAAUCCCUCCCAGUGCUCUCUGCUGCAAGAGCUGGCAGUGAGGCAGUACAGCCAAGCUUUAUUUACACGUGGCUUCAGAACAAGCAAGAGCAGAUAAAAAACUUCUUGUCCAAACGAGUGCUGAUAAUGUAUUUCUUCAGCAAGCACCCUGAAGCCUCCAUCCAGGCUGUCUUCUCUGAUGCCCAAAUGCACAUCUGGGCGUUGGGAGGUCUGUCUCAUUUGGUAGCAGCCUCCUUUACUGAAGACCAAUUUGGAGUUGUCCAGACUACACUGCCAAAUAUCCUGAAUACUUUACUGACUCUUCAGGAGGUUGUAGACAGAUAUUUCAAACUGCCUCACGUUUCUAGCAAGCCCCCCAGGGUUUCAGGAAGUCUGGUGGACACAUCCUACAAAACGCUACGAUUUGCACUUAGAGCAUCUCUGAGAACAGCACUGUACCGGAUAACGACCGUCUUUGGAGAACACCUGAAUGCAGUGCAAGUGUCUGCAGAACAUAAGAAAAGACUUCAGCAGUUCUUGGAAUACAAAGAAUAAAUAACAGAUUUUGAUGUAGCUACGAUUUUUUUUUUCCAACUCUCUCGGUAAGAAGAAAAUGGGACUAAUGAACCUUUUUAUCUUGGCUUUUUGGAAAAGCAUACGGAAGUACAGGUCAAAGAACAAAACUCUUAGAGCUGUAGAAGAGCUCUUUGGGGUUUGGAUCAUCUUUUGUAUAAUAAAACUUUCUUAAAAUUCA